GUAUAAUUACCCACAGCCCUCUCUCAUUCCCAAAAAAAAAAAAUCAAUUUAGAAAAUCACUUCGCCGUUCCGAUAAUACUUCAUCCAAUCAUCCAUGUCAACUGCACCGAGGACUAGCUCCGGCGACGUCACCGGCCGUCAGCCUAGCCGUCUCCAGCGGCGCGCUCCGACAUCUCUACAGAUUAGACCGCCGGCGUCGAGCUGGAACGUAGCCAUCCCUCUCUUAUCGCCGCUCGCUGCGUCUCCCAAGGCAUCCGAACGUUUUGCCGAGAGGGAGGAGCCGCGACAGGACCAGCGGCAGAACCACACCGUGGAGCCGGAAAAGCUUGUGUUCAAGAAGUGGCAGCAUCCUGCGGCCCCGUUCUGUAGCGAACCGGCUCCGUUUCAUUCCUUCGUGCCGGUAUAGAUGUAGAUCUUAGAUCUACUAAUUUUUGUACAAAAUAAAAAAAAAAAAAGAAAAUCCCCUUUUAUGUUCAUAUUACUUUGAUUUCUAACUCCAUGUAACAAUUAACAACAGCAUAUCAAAGUAAUUCGAACAAAAGUUUAAAAAUCAUUUCGAAUCUGUUUUCAGGAUAUUAAUGUUUGGUUGGUGAGAAAAUGAGGGAAAAUGAAACUUCUGGAUCUUUAGAUGCAGAAUUCCAUGAGGUUGAACGCGAAUCAGUCAAAUACUGUUGGCACUGACUGUAUUAUUGUUAAUGGUACAUAAGUUGAUCGGAUCUGGUUUGAAUGGUCAUAGAGGAAGAUAAGAUAGGGCAAGAAAGUGUAGAAAAAGGUGGAGAAAAAAGUACUAAAAAAGAUGGAAGAUUGGGGUUGCUUGUAAGUCAGAUCUGUGGGCAUUUGAAUGGGUAUUUUCUUUUGUCUUAUUUGGAAAGGUUGUUGCUUUAUUCAAUCAUAAUUGCUAUCAUCAUGGUUCAGAUUGAUUUUAUUUAAUUAAACCCCAUUAUUCGA